AUGCCGAUCACCACCCGGAGUAACAAAACGUUGUCACUCAAACAGUUGACGACGGUUUUCAAGCAGGUGAAAGCGUCAAUGCAGGACAUUUUUAACUUUUCGGCUGAUUUGGAAAAGAGCUGUACGAUUGCUGAUGUUGAAGUAAGAUUGGGUGCUUUAGAUGAGCUGUGGGUAGACUUCAAUGAGACUCUGGUUGAGAUUCAAUCUCAUGGAGAGUACGUGGCCACGGAAGACGCAACUUAUGAAGCUGACCGUGCGAAGUUCAGUGAGAGUUACUUUCUCAACAAAUCUCGUUUAAUCACCAAAUCGAGAGAACUUCAAGCUCCUCCUGCGGUUCUGGAACAGACCAUCCGGUCUGAGGAAACUUCGCAUGGGCUCAACGAUCACAUUCGGCUACCGCAGAUUAAGUUGCAGAAGUUCACCGGAAUAAUUGAGGAAUGGCUCAGCUUUAGAGAUCUGUUUGUAUCGCUCAUUCAUUCAAAGGCCGAACUCUCAGACGUCGAAAAGUUUUACUACCUGAGGGGUUGCCUUGAUGGAAAACCGGCUGGCUUGAUCGAUCAUCUGAAGAUCACUGCAGAAAGCUACACUGUGGCCUGGACUAUUCUGCUGAAUGAGUACGACAACGAUAAGCUUCUGAAGAAGCGGCAGAUUCAAUCGCUAUUUGAACUACCUGUAAUCACCGAGGAAUCUUCUUCAGACUUGCACACUCUCGUGGAUGGAUUCGUGAGAAUUGUACAAACAUUGGAUCGUGUUUUGGAGGAAGCGAACUUCAAGGACUUGCUACUGGUCAACAUCUUAUCAUCUCGGCUUGACUCGAUUACUCGUCGAGCUUGGGAAGAGUAUUCAGCUAAGGAUAAUGAUACUUUGAAGGACAUGACGGACUUUCUCCAGACGCGUAUUAGAAUUCUCGAAUCGCUACCCAAGAAGAAGGCAGACAGCAAGGUUGUUAGACAGAACCAAGUCCGGUCGAAACCAGCGGUGGUGAAGGCUAGUUACAACACUGCACAGGAGUCUGGAGGGCCUUGUUGUGCAUGUUCUGGAACGCACUUUCUACACCAGUGCAAAUCGUUUCAACAAAGGACGGUGUCAGACAGAGAGGCACUACUCCGAACCAAUUCGUUAUGUCGAAACUGUUUGAAAUCCGGCCACUUGGCAAAGGACUGCUCGUCGAGAUUCUCGUGUCGAAACUGCAACAAGCGACAUCACACGCUGUUGUGUUUCAAAUCGGGGAAGGAUAAAGGUUCUGCCCAAUACAAGCGAGACAACUCUAAGGCAGCUACGGACGAAUCUCAAGCAUCAGGACAUUCCAGCUCGAGCACGUCAAAUCAAGUCACUCCCGAGAUAACAGUUUCGAACUCAGCUCAGCUGUUUUCAACUCAGGUCCUGUUAGCAACUGCAAUUGUCAUCAUCGAGGACGAUGAAGGCAACCGACUUCCGGCACGAGCCCUCUUGGACUCCGGAUCAGAAAGCAAUUUCAUCUCGGAGCAUCUGAGCCAAAGGCUUCGCGUACGACGGAAUAAGGUGGACAUUUCCGUUUCGGGCAUUGGAAGAUCGGUAUCCAAGGUCAAACAGCAGAUUCGAGCUACGCUGUGCUCACGUGUCUCCAACUUCUCACGAGACAUGCGGUUUCUGGUACUACCCAAGGUGACGGUUAGCUUACCAACUUCAAACAUCAACACUGCCGGUUGGACCAUUCCCGACAACGUGGUCCUGGCCGACCCAACCUUCUCUGUCUCCAAGGGCGUAGACAUGGUGUUGGGCAUUGAAAGUUUCUUCGAUUUCUUCGAAACUGGUCGUAAGAUUUCAUUGGGCGAGGAACUACCAGCACUCAACGAAUCAGUUUUCGGUUGGGUAGUCUGCGGAGGAAUUGCAGACUCAGGAGAAUCUAUUCGCAUCACAUGCAACGUGUCGGCGAGGGAUAAACUAGAAGCUUUGGUGACUCGGUUUUGGUCCUGCGAGGAGGUUGAGUCAGGCAGCAGUUUUUCGCCGGAGGAAGCACGUUGCGAAGCUCUUUUCGCGCAAACGGUUCAGCGCGGAGCUGACGGUCGCUACUCGGUGGCUUUACCGAAGAACGAGGCCAUUCUCUCGAAGCUCGGCGAGUCGAGGAACAUCGCACUCAGACGCCUUCACGGUACGGAGCGAAGGCUGGCGCGGGACGCGCAUCUUCAGGAUCAAUACACGGAAUUUAUGGACGAAUAUCUGCGCCUGGGGCAUAUGCACAAGGUUGAGGAAACUGAUGCAGUCAAGCGGUGCUAUCUCCCACACCAUCCAGUAGUCAGGGAAGCCAGCACGACCACCAAGGUUCGCGUGGUAUUUGACGCAAGUUGCAAAACAUCGUCAGGAGUUUCCCUAAACGAUGCGCUGUUAUGCGGUCCAGUCAUACAGCAAGAUUUACGGUCGCUGAUCUACCGCUGCCGUAUCAAGCAGAUUAUGCUGGUGUCGGACGUCGAGAAGAUGUUCCGACAAAUUGGAAUCACCCCGGAAGAUCGAGCUCUACAGUGCGUACUCUGGCGACCAACGCCGUCCGCUGAGGUGUGCACGUAUGAACUGAAUACGGUUACGUAUGGAACGAAAUCGGCACCGUUUCUUGCCACUCGCGCUCUGAAACAGUUGGCAAUGGAUGAAAAGCAUCGUUUUCCCCUAGCGGCAAAGGCAAUAAGCGAGGACGUCUACAUGGAUGACGUCAUAACCGGGAUGGACGAUGAGGACGCAGCACACAAUCUGAGAAUUCAGCUGGACGAAAUGAUGAUCAGCGGGGGAUUUCGGCUCAGAAAGUGGGCGUGCAACCGUGCAGAGGUCUUGCGCGGUGUUGCUGAGGAGAAUUUGGCCAUUCCACUUCCAGAAGGAAUCAACCUGGACAAGGAAUCGUCCGUAAAAACAUUGGGUUUAACUUGGAUCCCUAACACGGAUGAGUUCAAGGUACAGUUCGACAUAACACCAACUGUUGCCGAGGACGAACUCUGCAAACGUGUCGUUUUAUCAAAGGCUGCAUCUCUUUUCGACCCGCACGGCUGGUUUGGGGCAACAAUCACAACAGCGAAGAUCUUUCUCCAGCAGUUGUGGACACUGGUAGAUGCUGAAGGAAAGCGAUUAGAUUGGGACACCCCGUUACCACCCACGGUGGGUGAGAAUUGGAGGAAGUAUGAGGAACAACUUCCAGUGCUCAAUUCAAUUCGUUUUGCUCGUUGUGUGGUCAUUCCAAAUGCGGAAAAGGUGGAGUUACAUUGCUUUUCGGAUGCAUCAAAGAAAGCGUACGGAGGUUGUGUUUAUGUACGAAGCGAAAAUGCAGCUGGCGACGUCAUGGUACGACUGGUGGCUUCCAAAUCCAGAGUGGCGCCGCUGAAGGUACAAACGAUUCCACGGCUGGAGCUGUGUGGCGCGACGCUGGUAGCCCAACUCUUCAAAGUUCUGCAGGAGGCACUGGACAUCUCGUUGAGCGCGCAUUUUUGGACGGAUUCGACGUGUGUUCUCAGCUGGCUUGACGCGAUUCCAACAACGUGGGCCACUUUCGUCGCGAAUCGAGUUUCCAAGAUAGAGAAUUUGCAGCAAAGCUAA